ACUCAGGCCGAGGGAGGUGAUAGUCUGCCUCUCUGGUGCUCCCUCCGUUACUCGGGAGGCGCGACGCUGCCUGUGGGGUUUUAUUUCUCUUAGCGUUGCUGAUGAAGGAAAACGUACGUAGCUGACGCCUCCUUGCUGGGCGGGAGGUUGUGGUGGGAAGGCGUCUUGCUGCAGCCAAUUAAAAGCGAUUUGUUUCCCCGUGAACUGUGUGGUUUUUUGAGGUGAACAAUACGGAGGACUUGAACUGACACCAGGCCACACGUGACUCUUCCCAUGUGCAGUGGCCGGUCUAAGUGAAUUGCACCCAGUGAGACAUGUGCUCCCCUUCCACCCAACACCCCGAGGCACUGACUAAAAAACUAACCUCCCUGUGUCUGAACCUUCACUGUGGAAACAAAGACACACUCUAGAAAAAAAAGGGAAAGGAAGGAAAGAAUAAACAGUACAAAGGGACCAGAAUAAGAUGAAGAGAACGUUACGGAAACAUCUGAGUGAAAAGGCGCGAAGCAGAGGCGCGAAGGACCCGUCAUGAACCAGUGAGUCUAACGAGCGACUGACACGAAGCGGCGGUGGCGGUUCAGUGCAGCAGUCGCGCACCAGUUAUGUGAAUGAGAGAGAACAGCCCGUGAGAAGCUUGUGUCGUAUCGUGUGAGGAAGGAGGAGAAGGAGGAGGAGGUGGAAGGAGGAGGAGGAGGACGUGCUCUUCCUACCGAGCGUCACUAACUCAAAGCACUCCACCGUCAGCAGAGCAGCGCCAUGGCCCACCCCAUCCCCAUGCACGAGGACCACCAAGUGCUGGGCGAGGAGUACUGCUCUGGUUACAUCGACACGUUCGGCAAGUGGAGCAAUGGGUUCCCCUGCCCGAGACAAGACAAUGACCAUCCCGUGUACUGCUGCGGCACAGACAACUACAAGUACUGCUGUAAUAAGAGGGACAUGCACGCUCUCUCCCAUGAUAUCCCGCAGCUGCCUCUGGUCCUCGGGGUGGUGUUUGGAGUAGCAGUGGCCAUCAUCGUCAUCGUGGUGGUGUCCUGCUUUCACUGCUCUUGCUGCCUACUCUACAAGAAAAGGCAGCCCACUAAUGGAGGUCCUCUCUACCAGAUGCACUGUCCCUCCACAGCCUCCGGAGUUGCCAACAUGUACAGCUUCUCCGGCACCACCACGCCCUCAGAGACUCCAAGGUCACUCUCAAGAGCUUCAUCGAGGUCUCAUGGCACUGUUGAGUCAGGGUCCACCACCAACCAUCACCUGGACCAUAAUCGCCUGCUGGAGGGGGACGAGGGACGCUCCGGCCUGCCCACCUUCUCUGCAGACUCUCGCGGCCUCUCCCAUCGCCCAGUGUCUAUGAGUGACCGGUCCAGCACGGUGUCUGACGGAGGUCCUGGCCCCGUGGAGUUGCCGCCGCCCUACUGCGCCCCUCACUCCACUCUGGUCGCUGUCCGCACCUCCACCAUCGCCCCCGCGCCACGCCCUGUCUCUCCUCCCUACCCCCCUUCCAGCAACCCAUAUGUUAUCAGUGGAGGGGAGGGAGGCUACGCUUCUGGUCCCCUGGCAACUUUCCCGCAGACCUUCCUGUCACCAGCCUCGCCCGCUCGUCCACUCACCAUACGAGCGCCGCACUCGCUAACCCAGAGCUUCGCCCCCGCCCUCACUCCCACCACCCGCCCCUGCAGCACCGCCCAUAUCAUCCACACCACCCACCCAGGGGCUGACGACCACCUCUACACUGCUACCAAGUUCUGAAGUGAUCGAAGUCUUCCGCGUCUCCCAGUGGAAAUCUAAGGCCGUGUCUUAUUGUGGGAAGCGAAGGUACAGUGGAGCGAAGCUGGGACGACACAGCGCGGGGACGACGAGGCCAUGACGACGAGCGCUUUUUAUACUUUCAUGGGGAGCAGGAACUGAAAAUUGAGUGUGGCUUGUUGUAUCAUGCAUGUAAUCACUGUGAGGACGAGGCAAGCAGUGUGUGCUGAAAGAUGCACCGGUGGGAGUGGCAGUGAAGGUGACGCCCCUCUGGAGAUUUGGAGGGACCUGGCCUGGUCCCUGCUGUGGUGUGCUGUGCAGGACUGAGAGACAGGGACAUGAGGGCGUGGUGACGCUGGUGGAAUGCUUGGUGUCGUGAAGGAAGCAAGAAGUCCGGAUACUUGAUAAAGUUAUGAUAAACAAGACACUGGACGCCAUCACUGUCUGGAGUGCUCAUCAAAUGCAGUUUUUUUUCCACUAUGUUAUAACAUAUAAUUUGUAUGAAUGUAAUUGGAAUUAAGAUAUUAAUUUCAUACUUAUAGUUUGUAUCAUAUAAAAUUUUGAUAUUUUAUACAAGCUAUUCUUUUUUCUUCUUUUUUUCUAGUAUAGUUAUGGUACCUUUUGUAGAAAGAUAAACUAAUUUUUGACAUUAUAAAAGAAAAUUCCUGUGCAAAACUAUUGAAACUGGUGUAAUUUCCUAUCAGAUUUAUCACGUGAGGUAACAAGAGUGUAACAAGAGUCUGCGGGAAGGUCAGGUCCAGCCAGAGUGUGUGGCUUCCUGUACAGUGUCCGGCGGUGAGGUGGAGUGGAGGUCAAUCCCGCCCAGCCCUGAGUGGCGACGCUCCCCUGAGUAACGCAGCCGUCCACUUAAAACUUGCAGUGAUGGCCGGCCGGACAGGGGAGGCGGGUCGGGUUCAGUUAGGAGUUACAAGAAGUGGUUGAACUAAGGAAGAGAAAAGGAAAGGAAAGAGGAAGAGAAGGAGAAGAGAAGGAAGAAAGAGGAAGAUUGAGAGGAGGAGCCGCCAGCUGUGGAUUCAGGAAUCGUGUUUAAAGUCCUCUUCUUCCUCCUCUAUAUCUUCCUCUUCCUUGGGAAAGCUUCAUGGAGAAAGUUCUCAAGACUUUUGAGAGAAAAUGGUGAAGAGAGCGGGCGUGUGUGAAGUGAAAUGUGUGGGCGUGUGGGUGUGGCGGAGCGGGCCGCGGGGCGAUCGUGGUGGCAUGAGGCGUCCUGAUAUCUGCUCCUCGUGAGUGUUUCUGUGUGUCGAAAAGUUCAUUCAUGGAGCUUCCCCAGAGUUUAAAAUGCUCAUUUGUGCAGUUGGAAAGCCUUUUAAUAGCUCACAUGUAGAGGCUCUGAAGAGUUUGUAAACUCAUUUAAAGAGCUUUCUGUGAGUUUAUGAACUACUUUGUGGAGCUUUUUGUAAAUGUAAAGACUCAUUUUUAGAUCUUCCUAGAUACUCGAGGUUUAUGGAUAAAACCUCCUUGGCGAUUUCUGAUGGAGAUUCUCAGAUGGUGUAUUUUGAUGUACAUAAUAUUGGCACAGGUCCAAAUAUUUUUGUGGUGCAUAACGUUUCUGAGGCUUUCGAGUCACUCUGCGUGUCUUGCUAACACGAAGCAGCUGCAACUUGCUUACAUUUACGCAAAAUAAGAUAAUUCUGGUGCCGCUAAGCCUACCUAUGAACGCACGGGCUGUGGCUGUGUGGGGGGGAAGCGUGUCUGGCGGCGCUCAACGUCCUGGGAGGUGAUGACAGGUGACUGUGAGAGUGAGAGAAGGAUUUAAUGUACGCCGCUUUCCGGUGGUCAAAAUGGAUGGGAAAUCAGGUGGAAUCAACCGUCCACUCAUUUGUCUUUUCUUGAGAGAAAUUUCUGUUGACAUUUAUAUUUAGAAUGCUCGGAAAAAAAAUCUUCAAUCUUGAUAACGAAUUGUAAGAGAGAUUUUAUCACAAAUAACAAAGAUAUUUCUUAUAUGUGGAGUCCUUCUCUUUACGAAAAAGAUACAGCUUCGUGUCGCAGCGAGAGACAGCUGUCGGUGGAAAAAUAAGAAAAGAAAAAAAUAAGCCUCUGCAUUGGGAGUGUUGAAAGUCGGUGGACAGCAGCUCGCGUUAAGCCCAUUUUAUCCGAGGCAACCAGUAACUCAGGGCCUUAACUGGUGCGAUUCGAGGCGUUCUCGUCCUUUUCUUUCAUUAGUGGGACAUGACUUCUGUGGGAGAGGACGUCACACUUGGUUCCAGCUCGGAGCCAUGUUUCCUGUCCCUACAUUGUUCACGUUUUUGGCGAGUGACGCCCUCAGCCCCCCCACCCUUAGCUUAGCACCCUGACCGGCACACCCUCCCUUCGCCCUUGUCAUCUCGCGGGUCAGUCUUUCUUCCUUUCUGGUCAGUCUUUCCUGCGGUGUAUUAACUUCCUUUUCCCUGAUCCUGUAACACACACACACACACACACACACACACACACACACACACACACACACACACACACACACACACACACACACACACACACACACACACACACACACACAAGGAAAACGAAAAUGUUUGCAGUCCACGCCAGACUCAUGUUUUUGAGGCAGUACAAGACCCUGAUGCUACACUGCCACAUCCUUCUUCCUCUUCCUCCUCCUCCUCCUCUUCUUCCUCCUUCUCCUUUUCCUCCUUCUCCCGAUGCACAGUGUAUGAGAGACCUGGUCGCAGCCUCCCUCAGACACUCUGCAGCUGCUGUCGCAGUAUCCGAAUAAAAUGGGGGAUUUUAUUCGGAUACGGUUAUCCCGCGCACUCCCUCUGUGAUACCGGAGAUGUUUGGGGUGAACGCUUCUGUUUCUAAACGUUUUGUAAGAGCUUUCUCUUCCUCUACAAAUAUAUUUUCUUAAUGUUUAAGAUGUGUACACUGGUCUGCGUUUGAGCUUACAGAUAUCUACGAUUUAUAUGAAGCAAACAUAGAUCCAUGUUGAUAUGACUGGCAAUGAAGUUUGGUAAUCAAUAUGUAUAUACAUUCAACUUAAAUGUAUUCAUGAAUACGUAAAUAUAUAUAUAUUCAAUGGAGUUUUGUACAAUUAUAGUCAGCUAUUUCAUACAAAGGCAUGAAAUUUACACAUGUGAAAUAUUUGACAUUUACAGGAAAAUACUAAACAUGUCCAAGUUUCAUGCCGGUGGCCUGCAGGAAGGAAGGAGCGGUCUGAGAUACAUAUAUAUUCUGAUGACGUGUAACCUGAGCAUAGGUACUUAAUAUAUUUAUGAAUACUGAGAGAAAAGUGACUCCUGUCCAGUGUUGUACAUAAUGAUGUGUGCAGUGAAAACAAAUUUAUAUUGAAGGUUUUCGUCCAUACGGUACUUUGUUAUGUGCAUUGUUGUGUUACCGUCAGUGUACGUACCUUGUUCCUGCUUCCGAGUGUCGUGCGUGAGUCACUGAGGCCAGCGUGCGGCGAGCCUGCCACCUGAGCUCUGCCCCACCCCGGCGUGUGGCCCAGCGCCCCGCCAGCCAGGCGUGGGCGAGGCGCUGUCUGGCCCCGCUGCGGAAGUUGAAUUUUGUAUGUAUAAGUUCGUAAUAAAAGUGCCCUUUUCUGACA